AGCGACGGCUUGCAAUCAUCAUCGAACCCCUUUGCAAAAUUCUUUAUAUAUACAUCGAGAAAAGCUUCCACCCCAACUAGAAUACGCAUAUUAUAGCAACGAGACGCUACUUCUUUUCAAACAUUUUCCACGCUUAUUUUCAUCUUUACAACACCAAUUUUGUGUACGUAAAUCAUAAUUAAGUACUACUAAAUUUUUUAUCACCGAAAAUUCGAGCUGCCUAUUAGCAAAAAAGUCAAGAAGGUCAACACCCCCGAAACUAACCUCUAAUCUGUUCACAAUUUUAUUUCCGUACGAUACGCAAAAUAUCAAAACAUCGAGAAAGGUCGAGAUCUCCACUUUUACUUUCCCCCAGCACGAUAUUAAAACAGAUCCGAGAAUUAUUCUUUCAUAUUACCAGUAGACUCCCCCUAAACAAAAAAAUUACAAGAGCUCUCUUUUUCACACGACACUGCUGCCCGCUAGCGCUAGACGAGCAGAUCCACAGCCUGAGGGCAGUAGGUCGUGUGACCUUCACAAAAAUCUUCAAUAAAGCGGGGAGGUUGUAGUAGGAGAUCUUCUCCAAAGAUCAGCUUCAGCAUAAAGUUCGCACAUAGAACAACUUUCGCAAAUUCUACACUGCUAGUUGUACUCCGCGCGAGGACAUCAGGCACCUGGAAACAGCACACAACUCGGAGGUAGUAACAACAUCGCAUAGUAAUCAAAAAUCGGAACAAAAUUUUGUAAAUCGAAAUCGAAUUCGAGGAUCCACCAUAGGCUCUUGAGGUGGCACAGACGGAUCACAGACCAAGACAAAAAAUCAAUUUUCCCUACUGAAGAAUCCGUGCGGCGUGCUGGUGAAUUUUUGCAGACUGUGAAAUAGUAGCUCUUUUACGAAACUGCAUGAGUUAAAUUUUUGUAAGUGCCUGACAAGCUGCAGCUGCUCAGAGUCACGGAUCCACUUCCAUAGAAAUCAUUUUCAACGAAGAGAAAAAAACACUUUUGCUCGAGCAAAUUUUUUGUCUGAACACUAGUUGUAGCGAAGAACAAACUUUUGUGGUCCUCCGGAAGACCAUUUGCAACACGACACGACAAUCGGCCAAAAAAAAAACCACAGGUUCUUAAUAAUUGGAUGUGCUUACAACUAUUGGCAGAAGAAUUUUUUGUCACAGUAUAGGAGAAUCGGAUUGUGAUAGAUACUGCAACUUCUUUUACAAGAUACGGCACCUAGUAGUAGUAUUUCGCUGCUUCCCGCCGUAUAAAAAGCAAGUAGUACUCUUACUUUAAUUCCUAUUUUUGUCAAAUUCUUCAACCCAGUACUUAGUAGAGUUGUGUCCAUUUGGGAGGUCAUUAAGAAUCCUUAUUGUUUAGCCGCUAUUUAUUCAGCAUCACUUUCGACAAAAGUUUACCCACAAACUUGUUAGAGCUUCAAAAAACUGCACUGAAAAGGUAAAUACAACUCUCUACAGCAGACUUGUUUUUUUUCUGCGGACGAGCACAGUUUCGAGAAUCAAUUUCCACAAACUUUUCAAAACCAAGGCUGUUGUAUUAGACAAGAAAAAUCACAUUAUCGCGCCGCAGUAAUUCUACUUCUAGACUCGGAGGAGUUUUUUACCAUCUUCACAAGCGCAGUGGUUUUUAAAAGCAAGAAAGUAGACGCAGAUUUACAAUCUCAAAAUCGAAGAUUUUUAAGACAUUCGCGACUAAGAAGAAGCAAGAACUUUUCAUCCGUCUACUUUACUACCACUUUCGAUCCAUCUCCUGCAUCUUGAGUGGUAAGUAUCGAUGUUGAAACAUCAACAAACGACAAGAUUUCAACGUCCUUUAUUAUUUUCGAGUAUUUAUAAUUUUCACCAGUAUUAUUUAUCUCAGACAGAGCCGGUUAGAAGAAGACGAAUUGUUGCUAUUAGGAAUUACAGGCUCUAGUACAACUGGGCGGUAGUUGUAUUCUUGGCUACAGCGAGCUAGAACAAGCAUUACUACUACACACAAGUUACAACAACUUUUACAACUUUCAAAAAAAGAAAAUACAACUUUUACAACAAGUCCUAAAACUCGUGUUCGAAAUAAGUCAUCGGAGCAGGUUUUCUUGAGAACCUCCAUCAGCUCCAGACAUUACUUAACUUCAUUGUACAAUUUGUUUAAAUCCUUCUUUUCUAAAAACUUGGCAAAAAUGUUGCUGUACCAGCAACAGGACGAGAAUUCGCCGGCUUCCGUAUGAAGUGCAAAUAUGUCGGGAUCUGGGAGAUAAUUGCGAGACUUGUCAUGCUAGUGCGGCAUGACUCUGAACUCUGUCUUGCGUGCCCGCGAAGAGGUCCUCUUGUCUGUCAUGCAAAAGCGCAGUUUGUCAUGCGGAGCGCGCAACUCUGAACCACAGAAAAACUUGUCAUGCUGUGUAGCGCAUUACAGUGCUGUGCUCACCAUUCCCUUCUUUGCAUCACAGGUUUCCAGACCCAGACAUUUUUACACUUGAUAUUCCGCGGCCAAAAACAACAACAAGCAGCCGCGGUCAUCCGACAAGAAGGAGAAACAGCAAAAAUACCGCGAGCAGUUUGAGCAAGUCGACCGCACGAAUGACCACGUGGACCGGUACUACCCGGGGAUCAACAUGUACCCCGGAAGCGGAGUUGGAGGUGCAGCAACCGGACAUCAACAACCGGACACCACGCCGAAGACCCAGGCGCCGACGUCCCCGGCGGGAACGCACCAGUCCGAAAACUCUGCGUCUCCGUAUCACCCGCGCAUUAAGUGUUACAAUAUCUUAGACGUUGCACUAGAAUAUGGAAAUGAUCUGUGAUGCAAGAAGUGCAUGAUCUAGCCUAUAAUUCCCGCAGGAUUUUGUGCAUGACAAGUUCUCCUGGAGCUGGAGUCCAAACCGCACUAGAAUUGUGUGGCGAAUAAAGUUGUAUUGCAAAAAGCGGAGGGCUCUGUCUGUCUCUCAUGCUGAUCAUGCAACACAAGUGGAGAUUGUAACAUCUGAGCACGUCAUAUGCCGCACCCCCGCGGCGGGCGUUCCGCGUCCAUGCGCGCGAACCGGCCGAACCCCCCGGGGCUGGGCAGCAACGGGCCGAGCGAGGUUGGGGCACUGAACGAGUACGGCGAGCCCACUUCCGCGCCCGCCGGGUUUGCGCAGGUCGGCGGGGUCACCAGUCCGCAGCUGAACCCCCGGGCCUCCGGGCUGUUAUCCCCAACUAUGGGACCGGUGCGGAAGGGCGGCAACUCCUUUCACAUGGGCUCGUUCCAGACCCCGCCGGGCCGCAUGUCCGCGCGGUUGUCCGGCCGCGAGUCGUACUUGUCCUCCCCCGGAGGGGGAACCACACCGAACCAUCUUCGUGCCUACACCCCUUCGUCCCGUCGCUCCUCGAUCCGGCAUUCCCGCCGGUCCCUGGAGCAAUUGUCCUUCCAGGAAAUCGAGGAGAUGAGCGACGACAAGGCGUCGCAGUACCAGGCGCGCGUUGCCAUGCGGUUUUAUUUGCAGAAGUGCAUAUGAAUUGCAAAUAUGUCUGGGUCUGGAAACUUGUGAUGCAAGUCCGUCAAUAACAAAUGCACUGUAAUGCGCCGCCAAGCAUGACAAGUUGCUUCGUGCUUCUGUGCUGCGUAUUCCGCAUGAGAAACUGCGUUUUUGCAUGACAGGCGAGAGAGGCUGUUUGUGGCCACGCAAUACAGAUUUAAGGGCCAUGCCAGAUCAGCAUGACAAAUCUCGCAACCUUCCAGACCCAGACAUUUUUGCAUUUGAUAGUGCACCGCGAACGACUUGUCCGAGGAAGAACUGAUCGACCGGGUGAAGCUGUGCCAGAAACUGGACGCGGAGAUCCGCACGGCCUGGAUCCACUACACCACGUCCGAGGCCCGCGGGGUCCGGGAUCCGCAGAAACACGACCGAGAAUUUCUCAUGAACUUCAUCUGCGGUUUGCAGGACGGCACCAUGGAAAAGUACCGGAAGAUGCGGAACCCCCACCGGGGGCAGACCGCGAACGAGGUGUUCGUCGGCGGGAUCGGCGUGAUCGCCCCCGAGGCGGUGGAGGCGUACUUUCGCCGGUUCGGGCCGUUGCGCUACGUGGACGUCAAAAAGGACAAGGGGUUCGGGUUUGUCAAGUUCGACAACAAGGACAUCAUGGCGGUGGUAUAAUUUUUUAACUUUUUUUUCGUGGAGGAUGAUGAAAAUGAUAAAUCUGUGUUGCUGUUGCGCAGAUUAGUUGUACUAACCCCGUCAGUUGUUCUUGGUUAAAUCAUUCAUUAGUCCCACCCGAUAAAAGCAUAUCUCAUACUACAAAUGCAAAUUGUUCAACAUUAGAAGUGCCACGAAAAAAUAAUUGUUCGAAAAAAACACCACGUUGACGUUGACCCUAUCUACCUUUUCCAGGCUCUGUCCCAGAAGGAGCACAUCAUCGAUAUCCCACAGAAAAAAGCUGGCAGGGCAGAUUUGUAAUGCAAAGAUAAAUACACAGAAAGAUCUGUCGUGGGCGGCCUCAUAGAAUGCUAUUUAGGACACGCAAUACAAAUUUUUUGUCUAUUUAUUUUUGCAUUACAAAUACCAGCCAUGCCCCGGCUGACGCCGGGGCGCAAGGCUGUUGGGGCGGGGCAGGACUAUUUGCGGAUCGGGCCACAAUGCCACAGGCCUGAUAUGCAUAAAUUAAACAUACUGGAGUCCUGCCGCCUGUUUGCGCGGCGCCAACCCGCAGGACCACUUGCGCGCUUCCCGCGCCUGUGGGCGCUCUGCGCAGGGAGCAACUGCAAAGGACACCGGGGGCGAACAGAAGCCGCCCGGCGCGGGAGGGUGGCGCGAGAGGGUUGCGCGAGAGGGUGCGCGAGAGGGUGGCGCGAGAAGGUGCGCGAAAGGGUUCGGGCCAGCCAGCCUAUGCAUGAAAAGGCCACAAAAGAAUCAGCCUCGUGCCGGGCGGAUUCAGGUUUUUCUACCCCUCUCGCGCGCCCUCUUUUUGACCUCUCCCGAGAGGUGUUGCUAAUAAUCCGGCUAUACUCGCCAGCAGAGGUCUACAGAGGUGGCCGAGAGGUGGCCCAGAGGGUGCGCGAGAGGUUCGCCCUUAUUCGCGCAACCUCUCGGCACCUCUGUCCCCCUCUCGCUUACCCUCUCCCGACCCUCUCGGCCACCUCCGUCCCCCAUAGGCGCGGCUUUAGGGCGAGUCCUUCGGCGGGCUAUACUCGCGCACCCUCUCGGCCACCCUCUCGAAUGACCUCCCGCGCCACCUCUCCACCUCUGUCGACCUCUUUUUGACCUCUGUUGACCUCUUUUUUACCUCUCGGCCACCUCCCUUCGACCCUCUGUAGACCUCUUUUUUCGCAUGAAUAUAAUAGAUAAUGACCUGCCAGCUUUUUUCUGUGUGAUAAUCGAGGGCAAGCGCGUGGAGAUCAAGCCGGCCGAGAACCGGGCCCCGAACAAGGAAGUGGCUGUAUCCUGAGUAAAAACAUCCCCACACCAGAGUUGUCAUGCAAAUCUGCAUCGCAAAAAAGUUUCUCAUGCGGAGCCCCAGGAGAAGCAUUUUCUAGUCGUGUUUUGCAAUUUGUGAUGCUAGAAUCAGCAUGAUAUGCUAGAUCUGUGAUGCUGCUCAACUACUGAAACAGGAUUGCACUACAAGGACAAAUCUGUCAUGCGAAGCACCCAAAGCUGGUUGAUUUGUAUAGCAGAUUUCCCAUCUCGACUCUGGUAUGGGGACGUUUUUACACAGGAUAGGCUGCAAAGUGGACCUUGAACCCGCCGACCAUUCACGAGAUCGGCACAAACAGUGGCACGACGGGAGCUGGUGCAGACGAAGCUUCUAAACCGACUGGGGACAAUGAGACGACCACGCCGAAAUCGACGUCUGCGCCGGACCCGAAUCUGACCGACAAGCAAAACGAAAUCAAGCAGAAAUACAAAAACGCGGGGACCUACAGCAUCAAGAACGGCCUGCUCUCCCUCCCGCUGCCGGACGUGGUCGCGCACGCGCCCGAGGGCAAGAUGAGUUUUCUGGUCGACCCGGAGGAGCAGAACCCGAAAAAGUACGGCAUCACGGAGCAGAUCCUGCUGAAGCCCUACAAGGGCGGAAACAACGACAAAGGUGCUGGGAAGAACGGAAAGAAGGGAAAGGGCAAAUACGGGUCCUCGAAUGGAGCUGCGGGAGGAGACCACUACUACAACUCCUACGGGGCCGCGGGAGGUCCCCGUGGCGGAAAAAACGCGCCGCUGCAGCGGGUCGGGGGCACCGGGCAGGACGGGUAUUACCAAGUGCAACGCGAGUACAGCAAGGAGAGCUACGACAGCUAUUACUCCGGCUACUCCAGCAACCACCCGGCCGCGAACCAGCCUCCGACCUACUUCGGCGCGGCGCCGCAGGACCACCACCAAUACAACGCGCACUACAAUUCGCACCCGCGAGGACCACGUGGCCCGCCGCCGCAGCACCAGCCGCCGCCGUAUCCCUCCUACUUGCCGGCGCAGCAGCAGCAGCCGAUGGGGGUCUCUCAGAAGGGCGGGUACGCGCUGACGCAGCAGAUUGUGGACGCCAACAGCAGUUUCCCGGGCACGCCCUACAGUUCGAAGGGUACCGCUAGCCCGCUGUACGCAGACCAGCAACAGCACCUGUACCACUCGAACCCGCAGUAUGGAUGUGUCAGGAUUGAAACCGACAAAGUUGAAAUAACUUGUCAUGCAUAAAACGGAUGAAAGUUGUGACCCAGAUUUCAAGUGGUGCAUGACAAAUUUGGGUAGAGCUGAAAUCCAGUUUGUCAUGCUGUUUGGGUAAGGAGGACGCCUUUUGUCAUGCUACUUUAGCAGCUCUAUUUCUACCCCUCAACAGGCUUACACUCUGCCUCCCUUGCGUACUCUGCAAGACAGGCACUUUGUGGGUUGCAUUUUAUGCAUCACAAACUAGCUCAACUUUGACGAUUUCAAUCCUGACGCUUCCAUACGCAGACUCCGCAGCACGUGCCUGCGCCGCACCCGGCGUACCAGCAGGCGGUGUCGACCGGGCACGUAUGGAUUGCAAAAAUGUCUGGGUCUGGAAGAUUACAACUUGUAAUGGUAAAUUUGAAGCAUGCAAAAAUCUGUGUUGCAUGAGUGCCAAAAGCUGUCCACUUUUGACCACGUUGGAAGGGAGUUUCUCAUGCAGGACAGGCAUGGCAGAGACCUCGCGCAAUCUGUCACGCUAAGUCCUGCAUUCCAGACCUCAGGGGUCAUGAAAAAUCUGCAUGACAAGUCUAAACUUUUCCAGACCCAGACAUUUUUGCACUUCAUAGCACGUUCCGCCGGGCUACCAGAUGGUCAUGAUGCCGGUGAACCAGCUGCAAAACAUGCCGGGCUACCAGUUGCUUCCCUUGAACAACCCGAACGACUAUCACGACUUAUCAAGUGCAAAAAUGGCCGGGUCUGGAAGAAAGCAAGAUUUGUCAUGCAGAUUUCUCAUGACCCAUCAUGCCUGUAAUGCAUGACCCAGCAUCGCAGACUUUCAGACGUCUUCCUGAUGCACCCUCCGCAUGAGAAAUGCCCUGUCCGUGUAGCACAAACUGCACCCCUCUUGCUGGUCAUGCAGCAAUACAAAUUUUUUUAGAGUGCAAAAACAGCAUGACAAGUUGCAAUCUUCCAGACCCAGACAUUUUUGCAGUUGAUACGACUCCGAGUACCGCGAUUCCCUCGUCAUGCCGGAUUACGCCGCACAGCAGCCCGCCGGGCAUGCCGAGGUAUGGAGUUGUGUGUGAUGUUUUCAACGAACGUUGUUUUGCAUGACAAAGGACUGGCGUCUCAUCGAUUUUUGCGCAGCAUGACAAGUUGAUAAUCUGGUUCCAAUACACACGACCAUGCUGGUUCGUCGUGGACGAUUUGCAUGAUCAGCAUUACAAAUUCUUCCAAAAUUUAUUUGUCAACAACUACACAGGACUACUGGCAGCCGCGUUCCGCCGCGCAGACGGCCGGGUACUACUCGCCGGCCUCCUCGGCGCCGCGCCGUUUCCCGGCCUCCGCGCAGCCCCGGGGUGGAAAUGGCAACGUGCGCUUGCAGUGAUAAAAAACCUGCUUCGAAGAAGAAGAAGUCUGAGCAGGACUUGUUUUACUGCGAACAAGGAAAUUAUUACUUGAUUUUCAAUAACAGCUGCUGGUCGACGUUCUAAAUGAAUUUUGGAAAAAAGUCCGUCUACGAAGAAGAAGAAGUUGAAAAUCGACGGUAAUAAAUUGCUACUUAGAGGACUAUUGGGUAAAAAUAUAUCCCAGCGGGCGCUACAGAGGUUGCAGUGAUGCCCUAUUGUCCUCCAUUUAGAAAAACAAAAAGGUAGAAAAGAUGCAGCACGAUUGUAGCACACCAAGAACAUUUUGCGCAUAAAAAUCUAUAUGCUGUAGUAGAAUUACAAUUAUCUGUCCAAAGGAGUCGUUGUAUGUUGGUUUGCAAAGACGAAGUAGGUCUAAUUUACUGUUCGGUACUAAAUAAAACGGGGUAAAUACAUCAAGAAAGCGUUUACUUGUUUUCCGCUGCUUUAUUCGACAACGGAGACGGACGACCCUCGCUCAGACAUGAAUGUGAAAGCGGGCGGGGUCGGCGUCGAGAAAUCAAUUGUAUGAACCGUGAAGACAAGGACAAGGACAAGUCGAAGAAAAUAUAGUGCGCGGAGGAAAAAUAAUGACAUACUGCAGGACUUCAACAGGAUUGAUGUAUAGGGCCCUGUGCUACUUCUUCUAAAAGCUGACAACUCUGAAUAACUUUUUUGCCUCGAAACAGCUUCAUAGUCGAAGAUGAGGUUCAUCUGCACUACAAGUUUUCAAGAGUUAUGCGGCCGAUAUUUAGAGAAAGAUGAAAGCCGCUAUUUGUUUUUUCUUCCCAAUACUUGUCUCAGCAAAUUACGAUUAUACGGAUAUUAGGGCACAUUCGAUUUAAGUAGGUCAGGCACGACGAGAGUUACUAGUGGAGUAUACGACAGGAACAGAUUUUUCUCGCAGCUAGUACCGGUUUUAUUCAUUACUCGAAGGCGUGACUGUUCAGAGUAAGAGAGGAGAACAAGAAAAGUAAGUUGUUAGGCAUACUCUAUUCUUCCAGAUAUUUUCAACCCGCGUAGAUCUGCAGAAGACUCAAUAGGCGGUUUACCAUUGCUAAACUCCUCAAGCUAAACUCCGAUCUUUUUCUUCAGAUGGAAUCCUCAAUUGAUAGUAAGUGGCUUCAAGAAAAAGUUCGUGAGACAACUGCAAUUAUACGGGGUAGAAGCAGAACACGAAGAGAACAACAUAAACAUAAACACUACAGCUACAACAGCUAUGCACAGAUCAAAGACAAAUCACAUGAACAAGGCAACUGGACCUUCAUAGGCUGCUUAAAGUAGCCGGUGUGUCGCCGUAAGUAGGUAGUCGCCUUCGAAAGAGGAAGUAUUAUUCUCUCUACUAGCAUGUCUUUUUGCGUUUGCUAUUGUACAACAACUUCCGAAGUAUUCUAGUUUUACCAACAGAUGACUUGUUUUACACAACAACUUUACAACUUAAAAUCGUCAGAGAUGAACUCAAGUUCUACUUACACCUCCCUGGCUAUGAAUUUUUUCGACAAGAAAGGCUUAAAAAAAAAAAAGUAAAUUCUGCUAGUUUCGGUGUGAGUACUAGCGGAUCGAACGAGAUUUACUUAUUUCUCAGUAGGAGUUAAUUUCUGCUGUACUUUUCACCGCAGUAGUGGAAUGUGAAGGUGAAGAGUAUCGAGAACCGAAGAACCCCAAUAAGAAGUACUAUCCCGAUUUUGAAAACAUGAACUUGAACCCCCCCCACAAAAAGCAGUAGUGUAGUACGAGAAAAUCAAGAACGCAG